AUGAGAUAAUUUAGCGGGUCGCGAAAUAGAAGAGGAGGGAAUAGAAGAGGAAGAGAUUUUAGAGGAGGAAAUUAAAAUUUCAGAAAUUCUAGAGGGAAUGAUUCUCAACCUAAUAAUUAAUAAAGAAAUUUCUAAAAUAACAAAUUUAGGAGAUAGUCAAAUUAAAAUCAAAAUCAAGGUUUUGAUAGAUAAAGAAAUCAAAAUUAAUAAAGAAGAAAUUAAACUUAAAGAGGAGGUGGAAAUAAUUAAGGAUUUUAAUCAUAAUUUACUUAGCGAAGAAGAAGACUGGGUUUUAAAUAAAAAAAUUAAAAUGUAAUUAAUUAGAUUUAAAAAAGGGUGAAAAGAGAGAUAAUUAAAGAUUCAUUAAGACAGGUAGAAGAAAGAAUUAAUUAAAUCCUGAAGUUCUUAAGAUUGCAAAGGAGAUCUAAAGUAAUCAUUCAUUAUUAUCUAGGAAAAAAUAAAAUGGAAUAACAAUUAGAAAAAUAUUGGAAGAAAGGAGAUCAAAAUAAUAAAGAAGAUAAACCUGUUCAAGGAACAAAUAUUGAUAAAUGA